CGUUCUUUUUAAAACAACCAAAAAAUCAAAACAUUACAUUUGGUGCUGUUAUUAUAUUUUAGCUGUUUGGCUGACCUUACAUUCAAAUAUGCAUCGCAGAUGUCCCGAUUAUGAAGAAAGCAUAUAUAACUUAAUACCUAAGACCCCAGAGAAGCCACCCAAGGCGGAAAGACACAAAUCAAAAUUUCAAACAACAGUUAAAGAUGAACAAAAAUUUAAUAAAAAGGAGAACAAAACAAUGGGUCCUGCUAAAGUUCCAUUAAAUGAUCCAGAGAACUUCCUCAAAAAGAGAUCGAAACUACCUAAUCUUACAGAAAAACAGAAAUUCAAAUAUCCCGAUGAAGAGCAAAGAAGACCGGCUGUCCCUAGACAUACUGAGAAGCCUUUAAUGGGAGUGACGACCAACAAAAACUUCAUCACAACGAAUGCUGUAGAGAAUAUACUAUCAGUACCAAAGAAACCGGCUGCAAAUUUUGCAGAUACCAGACGAGGCUCGACACAUCCUUUGGAACCGUCAGGAUUGACUCCGAAAUACAUGAAAAAAAAGGAUUAUGGUCAGACGCCUAAUUAUUUGGUCAAACGAAAAGAAGAAAUCGAUGAAAUGCAGCAAGCGUACAAUGAGUACGUACAAGACUCGUUACGUAAAGGCGCAAUGAAAUGUUUAUUGGAGGCUGAAAGACAGAACAUAAUAUCUGGUUUAAAAUCGAACUGGGAGGAAAUUCACCAUCAAUACCAAGGAUUAUCUGUCGUUACUGAUACCGCACCGAAGAAGAAUCGAAAAGAACGGAUGGAAGCAGAAAUGGACCAACUGGAGAAGGAUAUCGAACUUUUGGAAAAACAUACAAAAAUAUAUAUUGCGAACGCAUCUUAAACCUAAAUUUUCUAAUUUUUAAAUUUAUUUUUCUAUAUAUAAAUAUUUCUUGAUAUUAUUUUAAGCUGGUAUUUCUUUGUUUUUAAAAAAAAUCAUUUGCAAUUACUCUUGUCCUAAGUAUAUCGCAGGUUUUGGAGGACUAUAUAUUUUUUUCCGUCAAACAUUUUUUUUGACUUUAAUAUGUAUAUACUUGAUCGAAUGAAAGAGAUUUUAGCUACUAACAAAUUA